AUGGGAGAGUCAUCAAGUAGAUUCGGGAAACUCUGGCUUCCUGAUCUCGGUGUUGAAACGGGAACGUCCUUCACUUGGCCAAUCUUAAGUGCCAGUGUGUUUGUGCUCGUUGCCAUCGUCCUCCCCAUGUACCUCAUCUUUGAGCACUUGGCUUCUUACAAUCAGCCUGAGGAGCAGAAGUUUCUUAUUGGACUUAUUCUGAUGGUUCCUGUUUACGCCGUGGAAUCGUUUUUGUCUUUGGUGAAUUCAGAAGCAGCUUUCAACUGCGAGGUGAUUCGGGAUUGUUAUGAAGCUUUUGCACUCUACUGCUUUGAGAGAUAUUUGAUUGCUUGCCUAGAUGGAGAAGAACGGACAAUUGAAUUCAUGGAACAGCAGACAGUUAUCACGCAGAGCACUCCUCUUCUGGAAGGAACGUGUUCUUAUGGAGUUGUAGAGCAUCCCUUUCCAAUGAACUGCUUCCUCAAAGAUUGGAAUCUUGGUCCUGAGUUUUAUCAGUCUGUGAAAAUUGGCAUCGUUCAAUAUAUGAUACUGAAAAUGAUCUGUGCUCUAUUGGCAAUGAUCCUUGAAGCCUUUGGGGUUUAUGGAGAAGGCAAGUUCCAAUGGAAUUACGGAUAUCCGUAUCUAGCUGUAGUGCUUAAUUUCAGUCAAACGUGGGCAUUGUAUUGCCUUGUACAGUUCUACGGCGUCAUCAAAGACAAGCUAGCACCCAUCAAACCGUUGGCCAAGUUUCUAACAUUCAAGUCUAUUGUAUUCCUCACCUGGUGGCAAGGUAUCAUUGUUGCAUUCCUCUUCUCUAUGGGACUGUUCAAAGGGUCUUUGGCCAAGGAACUGAAAACACGAAUACAAGACUACAUCAUCUGUAUCGAGAUGGGUAUUGCUGCUGUGGUCCAUCUCUAUGUCUUCCCAGCAGCGCCAUACAAGCGUGGAGAAAGAUGCGUCCGUAAUAUAGCAGUCAUGUCAGAUUACGCUUCUUUGGAUACACCUCCUGAUCCAGAAGAGGUUAAAGACAGUGAGAGAACAACCAGAGUCCGGUAUGGUAGGCUUGACGACGUAGAGAAGCGCUUGAAUUUCCCACAGAGCGUGCGUGAUGUGGUGCUUGGAAGUGGUGAAAUCAUUGUGGAUGACAUGAGGUUCACGGUGUCGCACGUGGUGGAGCCGGUUGAGAGAGGAAUAGCGAAGAUCAACAGGACGUUCCAUCAGAUAUCUGAGAACGUGAAGAGAUUCGAGCAGCAGAAGAAGACGACGAGGGAUGAUUCUUAUGUGAUUCCGCUGAAUCCAUGGACGAAAGAGUUCUCGGAGGAUGAGGAAGGAGGGAGCGUGAGCGACAGUGGUUUAGGAAGAAGAACAAACCGGCGUCGCCAGUCUAGAGUCUCUGGUUUGUGGACUCGAAUGCGAAAGUGA